AUAAAAAUAAUAUAAUAUAAUAUAUUUAUGUUUAAUUAUAAAUUUAAUAAUAAUUAAACUAUAUUAUUAAAAAACAUAAUAAAAUAUAUAUUUUGAAGAUUUGGAAUGACGAAAAGUAUUACACCAAAUUUAGUGUAACACUAUUCACAAUACAUAAAAUUUGAUGGAAUAGUAUCAAUUUUGGUAUCUUAUUAAUUAUACCAAAUUUUACGUUUUAGUGUUUUACUGGAGAUGGCUUUAUAACCGAGGAUCAAACUGAAGCAAAAUAUCUCUCAUACGUGCAAGUUACAAGUCUAAACUAAAUCGAAUCAUAGAGAUAAGCUGAGGUUCAAAAUAUGAAAAUCAACUUCGACAAAUAUGGCAAUUCCCACAACGCUAAUUUCCAUAAUUUGUAAUACAUCUAAGCCGCACGAAUUAUUAGUAUAUGGAAAAAUGACUAGCGAAAAUGUGAUUCUUUUUCAGAGUACAGGUUAGCGUCUAAUAGUCCGGAUAGUUAUACUCAUUAAAAUAUUCAUAACCGAAUUGAGGGAUAUAUAGUAAAUUGGUAAAUUUAAAAGAUGGUUAAAAAUUAGAAGAAUUUAUAGGGAAGAAGCAACUAUGUGCAGGGCCGGUCCUAUACUAUGGUAGGAAAAAUAUUUGCAAGAGAUCCCCCACAUUUUAAAAAAAAAUUACAUACAAAUAAGUUUCAAAAAAAAUUUUAGGCCUCUAAAUUUAAAUUUUUUUUAUUUUUUUACAUAGAUAUAACCACAUACCCCCGAAAUUUUAGGGCAGGCCCUAACCAUGUGACAGAAUCUGAAACCCUAGAGGAUGCCAUAAUACUUUAAAGUCGACGAUAUAUGAUAAGAGACAUCAAACUUAUAAAAUGCGCCAUUAUGCAUUAAUUAAUCUAAGAAUCUUUACGGGAUCAUGUGCAUUUCCUUAAUCUAAUCUUUUGAAGCCUGGAUAUUUAAUACCUCAUUUUCUUUUUUAAAUCUCUUUUGAGAAAAAAAUAUAUUUGGCAUUUUUGGUGACAGUGUAUCAGAUGCUAACAUGUAUUUCCCAACUAUUUUAUAUAGGUAGUGUCGCUACAACAAAACAAAGAAUUACCCGUAAAGAAGAGAUGGCUAUGUGGCCAUGUGCUUGCUGCUUCAUUUACUUGAUUAACUACUCACUUCCAAAGGAAGAAUGGCUCAGAAUAAUAUCAACUAAAGGUACAUAAGAUCACGAUGUAUAUUUUCUUAUUAAGCUAUAUAUAACGUAAUACAUAUCAAUUUGUUAAUUAGUUUAUCAUUUCGUUUCUUAUACGGUUAUAUACUUAGAAUGUCUAAGUUUAUAAUCCUCAAUGAUAAAACUUACAAAUUGGGCAUUAGAUUUGUAUAUGAACCUUCUGAAAAGCUAAUUCAUUUCUAAUUUGGUCUUACGUAGACCAUAAUGGAAAAAUAGAUAACUAUGUGCAUAAAUGCAGCUAUUAAAAUACAAUAUUAAGGAGAGUGAAAAUGUUGGAAUGUCUAUAUUCUGUAAGUCCUAGCGUAUGAAUAAAAAUGACGAGCCAGAUGACAUACUACGAAAGAUUAAGCAUACGUAUAUUAUUUCUUAAUUUAAUAUGUUAUUUUAGUGAAAAUAAAAUAGUAAAAGGAGAGAUGGGAUGCAUGUGACUGGCAAUGACAUGAAGGAUAGUGGUUCGAUGUUUUGCACUUUGUUUAAGUAUUAGCUAACGAUCUUUCGUUGCCAUUUCACGUUGCCACAUAUUAUAUGCUUUUCAGUAUUUUUUUAAUUAUUUUGUCAACGGUCGGUUAUGGUAUAUUUUUGUAGACACACACAUCCAAAACUCAAGUUGGACUUUGGGACCGACCUUCGCUAGAACUUCUAAUUACUGAGCGAAGAAUAAAUAGGAACCUAAAUUCUUUUGAAAAAAGCAAGGUCGAACUAGUGCUUAGAUUGGUGGAGGCAUUAGCAUACAUAUAUGACUAUGACACGUAUAUAUAAAUAUAAUUUCCUUGUUGUAACCAAUAACUCUAAUAGCUAACAUUUGAACUCUCAAUCCGGCUUGAUGGCUCCAAUCAAAGAGUAUCAAAUGGUUAGUUAUUUUACAUGUUUGUAUUAUAACAUAACUAGAGUGCUUCCAAGGUUUACUUUCUUUUGAAUGGCAAGAUCAUAAAAACUGGAAUUCCAGAAAACAAUUUCCGUUUAAUCUAAUUUUGUCGGAUGAUUGCAGAAAAAACGUCCGGAAUGCAGUCUUUAUUCAGAUCAAGAGAACAUUUUUUCUUUUUUGGUAACACCACAUCAAGAGAACAUAUUGUCCAUUAAUAAACACUGAACUGCAUAUUAUGGUCAUUACUCUGUAUACUCAAACAUGUAUUAUAUAUCAUUGAUUUGUUUGUUGAAGUUGCGUUCAUAAAAUAGUGAUAUAAAUAUGAUUUGCCAAACUGGCGUUCAUUCAUUUGUGCUCAUCAUUUGUGUUUUAGCAUUAUUUAUUUUUAUUUUUUGUAACACAGUUGUGUUUUAGCAUUAAUAAAAUUUCUAAAUAUGAAAAAAUGUGGGUUCAAUCUAUAAAGGUAAAAUCUAAAUAAACAAACAAAAACGUUAUUAAAGAAAACAGAACACUUUGUGACUUUUAUGUACCACGUUGUUCAGACAAAAUUAUAUGUAAGACACUAUUGGGUUUGGCUUUUGAAAGCCCAGUAUCAUAAGUAAGCGAUAUCUUUCAUUUUAGUAUUUUUCAAGAUAAAAAAAAAAAAGAAAGGUUUGGCUGCAAGAAAGAAGAAAAGUCAUCGACAAAAAGAAGUUUGGACUCAAAAGAUGCAUGACGUUGCAAGUUUAGGGUAAAAGAAUAGGAAUUUUUGGUUGGAGGAAAAGGAAUUAUUCGACUUUUGAAAAUGUUUAAUAGACUUUCGACCCACUUCAAAUUUCAACGACUCGUCGACUCUUUUCGUUGUAAACUUAUCCUUUCACACUCUUUUCUGUUUCUAUAUUCUAAUUAGUUCCUUAAAUUCGUGCGCAUGGGUCAUUGUGAAAUAGUGUGAAUUACCUUGCUAGAAAUUUCCAUGCGAUUAUAAUUAUUUAGAUAACUCGAGAGAAGGAAAAGGCGAAAUUAGAAAGUGCAGCAGACCAAACUAGCGAUGGGUGGUAUACACGUCUUUGGUUUUGACCAACGACGACAGCGACAGACGAAGAUUUUUCAUCAUACAAAUCCUUUCCUUGUCUUUAUAUUUUCUUUUAAUUUAAUAUCCUCUGUUGCUUCUUGUAAUUUUCUCUGUUUUUUCCUUGUUCUCCUUCGCUCCAUAAAGAUUCAACUCUUAUUGCUUAAUCGGACAAGAAACCUCGAUCUCUAUAAUGGGAAAUUGCUUGGAUUCUCCUGCAAGAGUAGAUAACAGAGAAAGCUCUUUUGGAGGGUCAUCGAGAAUUUCUCCUAAACCGAGUCAGCCAUCUCGACUCUCAAGCCUCAUAAUACCCUCUUACAGCAACAGAAGCUUCACUAGUUCAUGGUCAGUUCAUACACCGAGAAGUGAAGGAGAGCUCUUACCUUCUCCAACACUAAAGGCCUUUACAUUCAACGAGCUCAAAACCGCAACAAGAAACUUCAAACCCAACAAUCUUAUCGGUGAAGGCGGUUUUGGUUAUGUCUAUAAAGGUUGGAUUGGUGAGCAGUCUUUGUCGCCUUCGAAACCAGGGUCAGGUAUGGUUGUUGCAGUCAAGAAACUUAAAUCAGAAGGGUUUCAAGGACACAAAGAGUGGUUGACUGAGGUUCACUAUCUAGGGAGGCUUCAUCACAUAAAUCUUGUGAAGCUCAUUGGAUUUUGCUUAGAGGGAGAGAAGCGGCUUUUGGUUUACGAGUACAUGCCCAAAGGAAGCCUUGAGAACCAUCUAUUUAGAAGAGGCGCAGAUCCGAUUCCGUGGAAGACAAGGAUGAAAGUUGCAAUAAGUGCAGCGAGAGGACUUGCUUUCCUCCACGAAGCUAAAGUCAUAUACCGUGACUUCAAGGCCUCUAAUAUUCUACUUGAUUCGGAGUUCAAUGCAAAGCUAUCUGAUUUCGGAUUGGCAAAAGCAGGACCAACAGGAGAUAGAACCCAUGUGACAACUCAAGUGAUGGGCACUCAAGGCUACGCAGCACCUGAAUACAUAGCAACGGGCCGGUUAACUGCCAAGAGCGAUGUCUAUAGCUUUGGAGUGGUGCUUCUCGAACUACUCUCGGGACGUCCCACGGUAGAUAAAUCGAAAGUAGGAGUGGAACAGAAUCUGGUGGAUUGGGCAAUACCUUAUCUAGUGGAUAGGAGAAAAGUGUUUAGAAUAAUGGACACAAAGCUUGGAGGGCGUUACCCGCACAAAGGGGCUUGUGCAGCAGCCAACAUUGCAUUGCGGUGUCUUAACACAGAAGCUAAGCUGAGACCGGAGAUGUCUGAUGUCUUGUCUACUUUACAACAGCUUGAGACUUUGACAAAGACGGGCUCUACUCCAAACGCAAUCAUGUCUCCUUCAUCUGUGUCGGAGAAUCGCGGGAGAUCUCUACGUUCAAGGUGAGAAAGGAGAUUUAGCGACUCUUUUUGAGUCAGUAACAUAUAUUUAUAUAUUUUCUUGCGAAGUGUGUUGAACAGUUUUGUAGCUUCUCUCAAGACCAUAGGUUUUCUGGUUGGAAAUGUAUAGACGUGUAUAUAUAUAUAUAUAUGGAAAUGUAAAUGAAAACGUAGGUUUUCUGGUUGAUAUUAAGAUUUGUGUGACCAAUGUAACAUUUAUGAAAUAUAUGAGUUUACAAUACAUAGCAG